CAGGAAAAGUUGUUCAGUGCUGAAGCUGUGGGAAGUGUUUUUUUAUUUGUGACUGAACGGUCAAAGGCAGCUGUUUGUCUCUCCUUCUCCUCAGAGGCUGCUGGAUGUGGGGAAGGAGGAGGAGCAGGAGGAAGCCCCUCCACCCCGGAGGACCCUCCAAGCCCUCUGCUCUAUCCCCCGGAGGCUGGCCAUCUCUGCGGAGCUCGGGGGAAUGCCGGUCACCCCCCAACUGAUUGAGAGCCUGAGGAGGAUUCUUCUGGGUGGAAACUUUCGUGUCUUCGACUACGAGUGGAGGAGAGCCAUCUUCCACUUCAGGGAACCAAACUCCGAGUUAGCAUACGCUCUGAAGGCUGAUGGGGGCGGGGCUCAGGCCAUUCAGAUGGUCGUCCAGGCUCGCAUCAUUAAGCACCUGCUGUUUGCCCGACAGAGCAGCUCAGACGGACGGACGUUGCACAGUCUGACAGAGGUAGGACGGCGGGAGCAGGACAGGGCGUUGGCGGCCGCCCUGAGCGACAGCCUCUGGUUGGCCGGCCAGGAGGUGAGCGCCACUGUCACCUUGGUAACCGAAGACUAUUGCGUCACACCUCACCUGGACUACAAACUGGACACCUUCACAGAGAGGCUGCAGCUCUUCACGUUCAGCGAGAAGGACGCCAUUACCAACUUCAUCCUCGACCACAUCCAGUGUUUUCAGGAGGAGGGCAGUCAUGGCGUCAUUCUUUUCCUCUACAGCCUCAUCUGCUCCCGUACCAUCGAGAGGCUGAGGGAGGACCUGGACUCUCCUACGUCAUACCUGCUGCACCUCAGCCCGGGCAGCUCUGUCUGUCGCCAGGCUCUGCUGAACCUGCUGCUGACCGGCAGAGCCAGUCCGCACCUCUUCAAUGGGACGCAGCACUUCGGUCAGGACGGCCUGCCUCUGCAGCACCCCCUGCAGGGCGUCCUGUCCCGCAGCGAUGUAGGAUAUCUGCGCUGGAGUCGAGAGGAGAUGGAGCGCGGUGCGCUGCCCCAGGUUGGCAGCAUGCUGAAGACUCCCAGGUUCCCGGUGUGGGUUUGCAGCAUCAACAGCAGCUGCUCGGUCCUGUUCAGCGCCACCCGCUUGCUGCUGUCCGACUGGAGGGCGGAGCAUCUGUUCCAGCUGUACUACUACAGCGGGCAGAGCUCGCAGACAGCAACGGCCAGGCUGACAGUUGAUACUCACUCCCACCACUGGGAGGCGUCAUCCAGAGAUGGAGAAGCAGAUCCAGAGAAACGGUUUCCUUCACUGGAGAUGACCAUCAGGACCAAGUGGGACGGAGCUGCGAUUGACUGGAACGGCACCUCCCCCUUCUACUGAACAUCACCACAAACGCUGGUCUGCGGUUGUCACAGCGCUCCCGACUGUUUUUGCCAUUACAGGAAACCGAACGUUAAAAGUCCCGUUACAAACAGAAACCUCACGUCUUCAGUCACCACAGAUGAUUCAGACCUGAGGUGUUGGUGAGGUCACCUGUGGUCACUGACGAAUCAGCAAACACAGCCGAGCACAAAAAGAGAGCGUCUGGAGGUAAAAUGAAUUCAGACUCCAGUGUGUUUGCAUUCCCACGUUAUCCCCUUCUGUCCUCGGGACUCGUCUCUGACAUCAGCCAGGGCAGGUCAUCACACCCUGACGACUUCCUGUUCUCGUCUCGGUGUUUCUGGGUGAAGCUGAAGGCGGCUCUGUACUAGCGUCAUGUCUGCAGAGCUCCACCCAGUAAUCUGGGCUCAGUGUGAGAGUCUGUUGAUCAGGACGCUGACGUUUAACCUUUGAACCAAACUGAUGUUUGUCUUUGAUGAUGUUUCAGUCUCAUGUCCUCAUCUUAAAUUAUUUGAUCUUCGUUUAGCUGAAAGUCUUCUGUUCCUUUGAAAUGUAACACAGAAAUAAAUCUGACUCCUGUUUAAACAUCCA